AAGUAUAAUACCAACAUGGUUUGACGUCAUUUUAACGAGUAUUGUGGCCAACGGUCGAUAUUUGUCUAAUUGUCGAAAUUGGUCGAAAUAUUCUUUAAACUCAACCGUAUCCAGUUCUUUAGUAGACAUAAACGAAAUUAUUCGAGAUGUCCACUCCGUUGGCAAAACCACAGCUCCGUGGUCUCCAUGCGUCGCAGAUUAAAAUAAACCUUGUAGGAAUGAUGGUAGUCAGUGUCAGUGCGGCUCUGUUAUACAAAGUAUUUGUCUGUGAUAAAAGGAAACAGAGAUACUCUGACUUUUACAAAACCUACGAUGCAGAGAAACAAUUAAAAAUAAUGAAUGAAGCUGGUCUUAUGCAGUCUUACAACCCCAAAUAGAAAAAGAUUCAUAGAUUAUUAUAGACGAGAACUUAAAAAGAUAUGAGGAAAAGAGAAAUAGUCCUUUUCAAAAUUAUAUAUUAUAUCUGUACAUGUAAUAAAUAAACUUAAUAUAGAAUUAUA